UUACUGUGGAGACCUAAAAAAUAUAUGUAAGCUUAAACCCAAAUUUCCACUGGAAUUACCAAACUUAUCAUGGCAUUCUCUAUCUCCUUAACAUCAACUUCUUCAACAAAUUUGUGUUCUACCCAUUUCCAUAAACAUCCUUUUCUUUCAUUUCCAGUCUCCAUUUCUCUCUCUGUCCCCAACCAAAACCUUACCACGCUUUGCCUCGCCGCCAAGUCUCAAACGGGGCCUGUCAAGAAACGUUCGCCCAAUAAGAAGAGGAAGAAGGACGGAAAUGAAAAUUCUGUAGAUAAAUUGAGCUCGAGUGAUGUUGAAGUUCUGGAUGAUAACGAUUAUGAAAAUGAAUCUUUGGGGCCUCUGCCGAAACCGCCUGCUGGGUUUAUUGUGGAUGAAACUGGAAGGGUUCUCGUGGCUUCUAGCAAGAGAAUUGCUACUAUUGUCGAUUCUAGCAAUAAUAAUCCUUUGGAUUGUGUCAUAAGAAGAGUGUUUACAAGCUCGCAAGGAGAUGAAUGCAUGUUGCUCUGUCCGGUUGACACGCCUGUUCAGAUAUUAAAGAGCACAAAUAUUGAAGGGUGGUCAGCUGUCAGUGAUGAAGAAGUUGAAAAUAUUCUUCCUACAGCUGCCUAUGCUCUUGCCAAGAUACACAUGCAUCUAGUACAUAGCGGAUUCUGUUAUACAGCAAGAGGAGGAUUUUGCUACUCAGAUGAUGACAUAUUUGAUUUCCGCACAGAUGAUGGACAGGAUGUAGAUGGCUUGCCGACAGAGGGGGUUGAAAUUACAUGUUUUCAUUUGGAUGGUGCUCAUUAUAUGAUUUAUACUCCAUCCGAUCCACUUCUAUUUGUUGCUGUCAAGGAUGGCAGUGGGCUAUUGCAAAUUGCUGAUGAUGAUCUGUUGGAGGAUCCAGCAGUGAUAAGGGCCAUAGAUGAGGAGACCGAAUUUAAUGCCUUGGUGGAGGAAGAGGCUGCACUUCUUGAAUCCUUGUUAGGUAAAGAAAGAUGACCACAUUUCAAGCAUCACUUGAGUUCCAGUGAGCCAUCUGCCCAUUGAAAAGUAUUUCCGUAGAGAAAAACAAUAAUAAUAAUAAAAUGUUUCCUUUUCAGUGUACAUAAGAAGCUUUGUUUGCAUUUUAAAUUUGUUGAGAAAUGCAUUAGUGUUAGUAAACAAAAAUACUUACUUUACUGAAAUAUAUUUAUUUAUUUGUUGAAUAUUUAAAGAUAAAAUA